CAUAAUUGAAAAGAACCCCGUGACGAGAGACGACAUGCCGUUUACAGCUUCCGACGGAACGCAGUUCGAGGACCGCGACCAGUGGCGCAAGUACGAGUUCGAGACCAACUACACGUUCAAAAACAAGAAAGAUGAGACGUUGAUCAAGGCGCCGGGGCAAAUCCAGGGACAACCGUUUGACGUGGCCGACUUGGAGAACUGCCAAGUGUAUCUCCUUGACCACUCGGAUCAAGUACAGGUCGACAACUUGGUGAACUGUCGCGUGUACAUCGGACCGAGCUCUGAGAGCGUGUUUGUGCGCAAUUGUACCAACUGCUUCUUCACGAUUGCAUGCAAGCAGCUCCGCACCCGUGACUGCUCAUCGAUCCAAGUGUCCUUGUAUACUUUGACCGACCCCAUCAUUGAAACGUCGUCGAACGUUGUGUUUUCGACAUUCAAUGCAGCGUACCAUGGGCUUCGCCAACAAUUCGAGGCCGCGCACUUGGAGCCCGAAAACAACCAUUGGGCUCAAGUGUACGACUUCAACGACCCGAAUAAGACGAACGAGAACUGGACAUUAAACCAUGACACCGUCGAGCCGUGGGUCAUUCCCCUGGACCAAUUUGUACAGUCUCCUGAGAGCUUGGGUCCGCUGGAGAACCCUGUGCCGGCGAAUUCCACUCCCAUCAUUGCUCACGAUUCGUCGUUGCAAUCCUUCUCGAUCAAUACGUCGCAGGAAGCUGCGACCGCCGCCGUCGACGCGGCAACCGCCUCCUUCGAAGCCCCACCAGCCUCAUACGAAGACGAGUUCGUCCCUGCUCCUCAUGCUACCGACGCGUCGUUCUAUGACGUGACGCCAUCAACUGAACCGGUGUACAGCACCCCGUCACCAGUGUACGAAGCGCCGCAACCGGUGUACGAAGUCCCGCAACCGGUGUAUGAACAACCCCCGCAGCCGGUGUUCAACACGCCGAUGGGUGAAGCUGUCGUUCCACCGCCAGCUCCUGCUCACAGCUGGCCCGCGCUGAAUGAGUUCGAAGCCAAGUUGGCCGCGGAGGUGGAAGCGAAGCGUGUCGAGGAAGAGCGAUUGAUCCGUGAUGUGCGAAGCAAGGCCGAGGAAGAGUUAGACAAGUACUAUGGCGAUCGCACCGACAAGUUGGCGCAUCGUGCAGCAACAAACCGGGAAUUGGAGGAAGAAAAGAAGAAGUCCCAAGAGUUGUUGGCGGAAAUGGCGUCGGAGAAGCCGUGGAAUCGAGUCACAGACUUGGUCGACACGAACGUUGCGGUCAAGCCCAAAACGGACGCAGGAGCGGGCCCGAAGGACGCGGGCGAUGACAUGUUCGACACGUCGCGGAUGCGCAGUCUCUUGCUGCAGCUCAAGAACACGGGCGGGCCCGAGAGCUCUCGUUGAGAUGUGGGGCGAAAACCCUUGAAAAUAGAUAACCUUCCGAAACAAAUCACCUGAGAGAA